AAAACGUCAGAUUUUGGCGACCAACGAAAAGCUUCUUCAACUUGGAGAAAAAAUUCAAGAAAUAGAAAUGGAUAAUAGAAAAGCUUCUAGCCAAGGCCUGGAAAACCCUCCUUUAUCUAGAUUAUUUAUUAUCGGACCAAAAUCUCUAACCGAAGAAGAUUUUCGAAAACAUUUCGAAGAGUAUGGCACCAUUGAGGAACUUUGGAUGGUUAAAGACAAAGGCACUGGCGAUUAUAAAGGAAUAACGUACAUCAAAUUUUCUAAAACUUCUGAAGCUGCACAAGCACUAGAAAUGAUGAACGGAGCUAGUUUAGCGAACAGUUCAAGAAGAAUUAAAGUUAUGAUAGCUUCUAGUCGAGAACAAGGCUCCAAACGUGACCUGAACGAGGAAGAAAAAGCACAAAGAUUGUUUAUAAUGUGCGCGAAGUCUGUGAACGAAGAUGACUUGCAUGACUACUUUAGACAGUUUGGGGAAUUAGAAUAUGUCAGUAUUAUUAGGGAUAAAGGUUCUGGAGAGAGUAAAGGAAUUGCUUAUGUCAAGUUUUUCAAAUUUUCUUCUGCUGCAAAGGCUUAUGAAGAGUGUGAUCGAAAAUAUAAGCCAGUCUUUGCAGAACCAAGAAGAACUGAACCAAGUUUUAGAAAAGCAGAACCCAGAGACUUUCCUAGAGGCAAUUUUUCGAAUGAUUAUUCAGGAAAUACUGGAACCGUGAGAAAUUUGGUAAGUUCUAGCUUGGCUGCCUCUUCCUCAGGUAUUAGCGAAGGGUACACUAAACUGACUGUAAUAGCUAGUCCUGAACUAAAUCAAGAUCAAUUGUGGAAGUUGUUUGAUAUUGUACCAGGUAUGGAUUAUUGUCAAAUUCGGUACGAAGGAGGCAGUUCAAGACCAUCCAGAGCAGUAGGUGAAGUAGUGUAUACAAGUUCACAGUGGGCAGCUCAUGCUAAAGAAAAGUUACAUGGCUUUGAGUAUCCUCCGGGGUAUCGUUUAAUUGUUAAGCCGGACUUUGAAGGUCGCCCUGAUGUGCCUGAGAGCUCUAGGAAAGAUUUGCUAAGUAUUGCAGAGACGUUGGCUCAAGCUACAAGUAUAAUAGAAGCAGCAAGAUUAAAUCCUGCUUCUUUGUUAAAUCUGGGAAAUGGUGGACAUCAGCCGAACUGCAGCGUAGAACUUCCUGAUCCCAAACCGCUUGUUCACAUUGACGAAGAGACAGUAGCAAGGUGUUUUGUCAUAUGCUCUCCGUACCCUUUACCCAACCCUGUCCUGAGGGAUUUGUUCUGUCGAUUCGGUGGCUUGAUAGAGGUCUAUAUGUUAGCCAAUAGGAACUGCGGCUACGCUAAGUAUAACAAUCAGAAGUCUGCGAUGCAAGCUAUGCAGACGCUUCACGGUGCAGAAGUAAAUGGUGUUCGUCUAAAAGUAAUAAAAGCUGAAGAACAAAGAAAAAGGCAGAGGAUGGAUGCAGAUUGAAGAGACCCCGACAUACGACAAAAGAACAUAUAAAAUUGACACGAAGAAUACAACAACGCAACUUAAUUUAUUUUAUCGUGAGACAUUACUAUUUUACCGUUAACUACACUGCGUACCAGUUACUGCAUAAACAACUUAACUGUUUACACGUUACUGUUUUUUACGGACUGGUUGAUUUACAUGUUCGCAACGUUUUUUCCGCUUUCUUUUAGUUAAAUGUCCUAUUUUUUAAAGAUCUGUUUUCAUGGAUUAAAUAAAAAGGAUUAUACGAUA